AUGCCGGUCAGUGGUAAGCUAUGCAGCAGCAGUGUGCUCGCUCAAGCCAAGGAUCAAAUCGUCCCGCUGUACGUCAUGCAAAUUGCUGCCAGUUAUCCAGGUUUGGCGGGACUCUUUGUUGCUGGUGUUUUCAGUGCUGCACUGAGUUCUCUUUCCACCGCAUUGAAUUCGCUUUCCGGUGUGUUAUUGAAAGAUUUCAUUGAACCUUAUCGCAAACAACCGUUGACGGAACGUCAAACCGCCUUUGGUUUGAGAGCAGUUGUUGUUGUAUUUGGUUUAUCAUCAAUGGCCAUGGUAAAAGUGGUACAAAAACUCGGUAUGGUAAUGCAGUUGUCGACGACUAUCGGUUCUAUGACCGCUGGGCCGCUGUUUGGCAUGUUUACGGUGGGCAUGACAAUGCCCUUCGUUAAGACGGAGAGCGUCCUUACUGGUUGCAUUUCAGCCUUUGCCCUAAUGGGCUAUGUUGCUGUACGUUCCCAAAUUGAUGCCGCCCUGGGCAUAUUGCGUUUCCCCACUAAACCUUUCUCAGUAGAAGGCUGUACAUAUAGCUUUGAUGCAUCCCACAUUAUGAACUCUACACUGACUGGUAUUCCGCCACCAGGAACCGAACCUCAUGCCUUCCAUCAUUUGUCAUUUUUAUGGUAUACCGGUUUGGGCGCCGCAACCACAGUUAUUGUCUCUCUGUUGACCACCUUUUAUUUCGGCAGACAGGAUAGCAGUGAAGUUAAUCCAAAUUUGAUAAUUCCCAAGCUGAGGAAAUAUUUGAAACCCUAUAAAUAUAGCAGUGUUCCUGUGGAUAUGGACAAGUUGAACGGAGAGGCUAAAGAAAUGGAGGCGUUGAAUCAGAAGGAUGAGUCAUGUCACGAAUAG